UCUUAAUAGUAUUAGUUUUAUAAACAAAAACAAAUACUACAAAUUUCAUAAGAUACACUCAUCUUUUAAGCAGACCCUGUAGUUUCACUUCAGCGCCUCCACCUCAUUCUCUCAUAUCACUUCCCCUCUCUCCGACGUAGUUUUGCUUCCCGAUUAGGGCUUUUCUCCGCCGCGCUUCGCAAUCUCCAAUCACCGAUUCCAUGGGCUCCGAAGAAAUCGAGUGGCCCGCGAAUCGAGUUCGCGACACUUUUAUCAAGUUUUUCGAAGAUAAGCAGCAUGUUAAUUGGAAAUCCAGCCCUGUUGUUCCUCACAAUGAUCCUACUCUGCUCUUCGCUAACGCAGGGAUGAAUCAAUACAAGCCUAUCUUUUUAGGAACUGCUGAUCCCAACACUCAGCUGAGUAAGCUAACACGUGCUUGCAAUACACAGAAGUGUAUAAGAGCGGGUGGGAAACAUAAUGAUUUGGAUGAUGUUCGUAAAGAUACUUAUCACCACACUUUCUUUGAGAUGCUUGGUAAUUGCUCUUUUGGGGACUAUUUUAAAGCCGAGGCGAUCUCGUGGGCAUGGAAGCUUCUCACCAAGGUGUACAAAUUACCUGAAGAUCGAAUUUAUGCUACCUAUUUUGGUGGUGAUGAAAAGUCUGGCCUUGACCCUGAUACUGAAGCUAAGGCUUUGUGGCUCAAAUAUCUUCCAAAGAAACGCGUAUUGCCAUUUGGUUGUAAGGGGUAAAGCAGUGGCACCAAAGCUGGGAGUUGUAUUCGAAUCAAACGCGGUUGUUGUGCAACUUGAACCAAAGCCGGUAGGCGCGAUCACUGAAGUCGAACCAAACUGUGAAGUAUUUUAAUAUCACAUUUUUUCCUUUUAUUUUCUGUUAACGAAAAUCAGCCUUGACCAUGAACACGAAAUGUGCAUCCACUAAAUUGAGGUAUCCAAACCCUAGAUAUUCGAAUAUAGGGGCAAAAUUAGCUUCAUCGUCAGUCUACAAAGUCACUUUACUUGGACGGCGGACGAUUACAAUUUAUUUGGCUGUAAGACAGGUUUGUUUAUCGAUAAUUUCGGUACAUAAUUUUACAGUAUAUUGAUAAGCGGAUUUGUCUUUUUUCUUUUUUAUACGUUUUAAUAUGAUAGUUUGGUUUUAUAGAGUAGAAGAGGAUGUUAUAUUUAUAAUAGUUUUUGAUAAAGGGGACAAAGUGUAUUAACUAAUUUGUUUUUUGUUGCAGUGUUAUGUCAUCUGUUUCGAGUAGUUUAAAUUCGUGUCUGCGUUAAACCAAUGAAGGCCUUAAAACUGCUCAAACACACAACCUCCGUCCAAGGUCCUGCAUCUGAGGAAUUUUCCAUGAGAGUGCACUGAGGAGGAACUGAUUGAACUUGGUAAACCAUUUGGUAAAGUUGUCAACACCAAGUGUAAUAUUGGAGCCAACCGAAACCAAGCUUUUAUUGAAUUUGCUGAAGCGGCUCAGGUCCGAGGGAAAACUUUCUACCUACAGUAUUCCAAUAGGCAAGAAAUAGUGAACUACAAAACUACUGCAGAUGUUGUUAGAAAUGUGCUGGAGAUGUUGCAGAUCGCCGAGAGCUUAGUAGCUGAACGCAAAAUACAAACAAAGAGGCGAAUAAAAAACUGAAAGAGAUCACAGAUCAAUAACCGCGCAGGAAUGGCUUCACUGGAUCAUCUAUGGUGUGGUGGUUGUUUUGGUUUUCCCUUCCAGCACUGGAGCAAAAUCAUUUCACAAUGAAAGAAAAUCCAACAGGACGGAGCGGCCUAUGCUCACUUGCUAACUGCUCUUGCUCCAGAACUUGGAAGUAAAACUGUCUUGGCGACAGAUGAUCCUACUGAAAGAGCAAAUUUAAUCGUGGAGCAAGCUGAGAACAUGGACUGCAAAAGGUUGCCCAGUCAAGACUAUAUUGAUGCAGUUUAAUUGCAGUGAAGCACUAGCCGAGAGAUGGGAGACAAUCGACUAAGUUACAGAUAAUAAUGUUUGUGGCAUUGUUUCUCUAUCAUCAUGAUGGAGUUUGUGCAAUAUCCUGUGUGAUCAACCUCAUCCUGAUGUACUUCGGGGAUGCAAUAUUAGCGAGCACAAAUACAUGUGCCUAUUCAUAUUGGCCAACCAAUUUCUAUAUGCAGUCAAUUUGUGUGGAUAAGUUCAUUCCAAAGCUGGGUGUCUUUAAGUCAAGGGUGCAGUGCCCUCUGGAGGAGGUGAAUGAACUCAUGAAAGUUGAUCAAGUGCUCGAGUUUAUGGCUUUUGUUGGGCCUGGUAUCUCAAAAAUUGCUCAGGCUGAUGUUUAGUGGUAGUCCUGCAUGCUAUUAUAUAUAUGUAUGGUUAAGGGGUAGUAUUUGAGGUCUCAGUUUCUCUUUCUCAGUAGUUUGUAUGGUAUUUUGUUUGCUUGGUCUUCCCAAUUGGUUGGGGUUCUUUUCGUUGUGACCUUUGCAAGAUUAUAUGAGAUUUACGGAAUUACGGUACUUUAUUUUUUUA